AAGUCUUUCUGUCAUCUAUAUCAUAUUAUGUCUUUUGUUGUUUAUUUUUUUCACUUCAUAAAACAUAAAGUUGUGAAAGUAUGGCGGCGAGUAGGGAGGUUAGUCUCAGCUCUUUGUAUGCUGAAUUAAGUCGUUUUGGCCAAAAAGAAGAGUAUGAACGAGCUCUAAAAACUGCCAAUAAAAUACUUCAGCAGAAAAAUGAUGAACAGAAGGCAUUUCAUUGCAAAAUAAUUUGUCUUAUCCAGUUAUCUAAAUUCCAAGAUGCUCUCAAAGCAUGUGCGAAGGAGCCCAAGUUGUCAGCGAGUCUCAUAUUUGAGAAGGCGUACUGUCAGUACCGCCUCAACCUUCCCCAGGAAGCGCUGAAGACAGUGGACUCUGACCCUGAGCCCUCGCUCAAGCUGAAAGAGCUCAGAGCUCAGAUCUUGUACAGACUUGAAAGGUUUCAGGAGUGCUUUGAUGUUUAUCGAGAUGUCAUCAAGAACAGCAGCGAUGAAAACGAGAAUGAGCGCGAAACAAACCUGUUUGCUGUGGUGGCAAACCUGUGCGCGGAGAACCCUAGUUACGAGGCCCCUCAGUUGCGGGAAGACACGUACGAACUGUCGUACAACGCAGUGUGCCAGUUGAUUGGCAGGGGGCUCUACCAGGAGGCGGAGAAGAAGCUGAAGACCACGGAGAAACUUUGCAGGGAGACGUUUGAGGAGGAUGAUGCAGAUGCUGAUGUUGAAGAAGAGCUCAGCAUUAUCAGGGUGCAGCUGGCUUACUGCAUGCAGAUGCAGGGCCGCGAGAAGGAGGCACAGGCCAUCUACUCGUCGGUGCUGAAGCAUAAGCACGACGACGUAGGGCUCGUCGCCAUCGCCAGCAACAACCUGGUCGCCAUCAACCGCGACCAGAACGUGUUCGACUCGAAGAAGCGCAUGCGCAGUGCUACCCUCGACACCCUCGAGCACAAGCUGAACUCCCGCCAGCGCCGGGACAUCGCCCUCAACCAGUGCCUGCUGGCCCUCUACACCAACCAGGGAGAGCAGUGUCAGCAGCUGUGCGCCCGCCUGGUGAGCUCCUACCCCGACAUGCAGAUGGAGGCAACGCUCAUCCAGGCGGUGCAGCUCUCCCGGGAGGGCAAGACCCGGGAGGCGGUCGCCCUGCUCACCGGCCAGUCCGGCCGCGACCCGGAGCUCAACCUGGCCAUGAAGUUGGCCGCCGUGCAGCUGCUGCUUGCCGAGGGAGAAAGAAAGGAAUCGUGUAGAAUACUGGAGAGCCUUGGGGAGGCGACCUUCAAGCCAGGGAUCAUUAGUGCGCUGGUGACCUUGUACCUGGCUGAUAAGAACCGUGACGGGGCGUCUAAAGUGCUGAAGGAUGCAGUGGACUGGUACCGCAAGAACAAGGUGAGCGCGGGGGACCUGAGCGCCAUGUGGCGGCAGGCCGCGGACUUCCACCUGCGGGGGGGCGAGCCAGCCGUGGCGGCCCAGAGCCUCGAGGAGCUGCUGCGCAUCAACCCCGGGGACAGGAAGACGCUCGCCCAGCUGGUCAUAGCCUACGCCAAGUUUGACCCGGCAAAGGCCCAGAGCCUCAGCAAGCAGCUUCCGCCGCUCAGCCUGCCCCAGAACGCGGACAUCGAUGCCCUGGAGACCUCAAACUGGGUGAUGAGGAGCAAGGUGGCCAAGAAGACUGCUGCCAAAGUAGAGCAGUCGCCCAGCUCCAAGCCGGGAACACCUGGCAACGAAUUAAUCCAAAAGAAGACCAAGCGUAAGAAGAAAGGCAAACUGCCCAAAAACUAUAAUCCGAGCGUGACUCCGGAUCCCGAGCGCUGGCUGCCGAGGCACGAGCGAACAGGGUAUCGCAAGAAGAAGGAUCGGCGUAACAAGGACAAGGACAUUCUCAAGGGCACGCAGGGAGCUGCUACGGGUGCAAGCGACAUGUACGACAUCACCAAGAUGCAGAGCCAGCAGAAGCCGUCGCCCAACCCCAGCAGCCCGGCGCCAGAGACGUCUGGGCCGCGCCAACAGCUACGCAAGGCCCAGAUGAAGAAGAAGAAGAAGGGCGGCAAGUGGUAACAGCAUUCCCGAUCCCUCAAACGGCGGUGGCUCUCCUAUCAUGCUCUUUUCUACCUUAUAAUUUACCGUGUUGUUAUGACAAUGUGAGAAAACAUAAACUAUGAUUGAAUGGAAAUAAUUUUGAUUUUAAUUUGGAAAACAUUUUGUGCAUUGCUUGUACAUGCAUGAACUCUACACACAUCGUGGGAUUGUGCAAUAAAUUCAGGAAAAUAAAAUCUUUGGGAAUGGAUUAAUAUAUCA